AUGGGGUAUUAUUUAGCAGAUGGUAUAUAUCCCGAGUGGGCUACAUUUGUCAAGACUAUUUCAAUGCCACAGGGAGAAAAGAAAAAAUUAUUUGCUCAACAUCAAGAAUCGGCUAGAAAAGAUGUGGAGCGAGCAUUUGGAGUGCUUCAAUCUCGAUUUGCAAUUAUACGUGGCCCAGCGCGUGCCUGGCACAUGGACACUCUCAAGCAUACCAUAUAUGCCUGCAUCAUAUUGCACAACAUGAUUGUGGAAGAUGAACGACAUACAUAUGGAGGUAAUUUUGAUUACUCUUAUGAUAAUGUGGAUAUCAAUAACUCAACAACUGAAACAUUUAGCGGUCCUCAUCCGAAUCUUGCAACAAGACUACAAAGAAGAGUAAGUAUUCAAGAAAAACAAGUUUAUCGUAAACUUCAAGGAGAUCUAGUUGAAUAUAUUUGGGAACGUUUUGGACAUGAAGAUGAUGAAAUUUAA